AUGGAUAGGGGAAGAAAUAAUGGAAGGAGAAACAACGAUGUGAUGAACGCACUAAGGGAAGGGAACAUAAAAAAUGAAAAUGUAGACGAACAUCAAUUCUGGACCAACAUCGACAAUCAGUACUUCUCCAAUUUUGACAAGAGAUUAAUUUCUGCCUUUGAGGACCACAUCAAAUGCACGGAUUACAUAUGUAACAAAAUAAAAAACGAAAAAAUUAAUAAAAAAAUUUUCCAAAACAUUAACUGUUAUACCAGUUCAGUAAAAAUAAAAUUAAAUCCAAGUGAACGAAAUAAUGACACAUCCAACAUUACCGAUUACAUUUCUCAAAAUAAAAACUUCAUUUUUAAAAACGAACAAGAUGAAAAAGGGAACGAAAAUAAUCGAGCAGUUUUCCCCUUUAUGGAUAUUGCAAAUGAUAUAAAAAAGGAGGAAAAUGGUUUCGGUUUUAAUCCAAAAAGUUAUCCAUAUGGCAUUGAUAAAAAAAUUACCAAUCAUGAAAAUGCCUUAUCAUUUGAACAAAGAAAAAGUAUUAUCGACUUUAUGCCAAUGGCCAGAAAUGAAUUCUUAUUGAAUACUGUGCAUCAUCAGAAUUUGAGGAAUAGCCAUCCUACUGGACUCCCUUUCCAUAUGGGCAGAAAUAUGAGCCCUAUUCAACCGAAUAAUGUCAAGGAAAACAAUUUCUUCAUGAGGGCACUCCCCAUGCCCACUCCUCCCACCCCUUUUGGAGAUGCCAAUAUGUUUGAAAUUCAGGAGAAUUUCAGAAAUGGGCAUCCGAACAAUGUGGAUCACCUCGAUUACGUCGUUUCCCCCCCCGGGGGUGCGACUCACCAUGUCAGUGUAAGGAAUGCGAAUACCCCCUUUGUGAAUAUAGUAGACAGCAGUGUUAGUCAUGGCGUCAACAACAAUGUGAGUAACCACGUGUCCACUUACACACAGUUUAAAAAUACCUCCAAGGAACCAAAUAUGAUGCCUGAAUUUAACAAGAUGGGGAAGGAGCUGGAGGAAGUAAAUGCUGGCUCGACUCUAAACAGUGAAACCUCACUUACAAAUGUCGUGUCCACAAUUAACGAUCGCAAUGUUAGCAAAUUGGAAGAGGAGGAGAAUAACGGUGCGAAAAAUAUAGAGCACCAUGAUGACACAAACGCCUGCGUCAAUCCAGAAAUUGGAAGCCCAAAUGGGAGUAUUCUCCCGAACGGCUCAAAUGACUCAAACAAUUUAAUGAGUAACAAAUUGAACGGGGAACACGAAGUAGGUUUCCCCAACAGCAAUGCCCUGCACCCCUGUAACGUAGAAAAUGUGAACGCAGAAAAUGUGAACGCAGAAAAUGUGAAUGCAGAAAAUGGAAACGCAGAAAAUGGAAACGCAGAAAAUGCCAACACAGAAAAUAGCAGCGAACUGCCUGACUACGAGAAGGACUGUAACUUGCCUAACUCCAACAUGGCGAACCAUUUGAGCGAGAAUUUGACCCGUGCCAAUGUGGACCCCACGAAAACACAGGGCAACAACGACGGGAGGAAUCAUGUGGACAAUCCAACCGGCCAAAAUAGACUCGAAAAUUUCAACACUAUAAAUAACACACACAGCUUUGACACCUGCAACAAUUAUGCAAUGUUUAAUAACUGCUUUGGUAAUAACAAUUCCUUUCACAAAAGCAACGAUGUUGGUGCCGGAAUGAACAUGGGCAUGAAUGUAAAUAUGCAAAUGCAAAACAACUGUUUGCUUAUGAAUAGCCAAUUCGAGAACAAGAUGAGUGAAGAAAUGAAUAUGUUUCCCUGUGCGCUUUCCGAUAUGACUAGUGGCAUGUUUAAUGCUGCGAAUAAUGGAGAAGGGUUCAAUGGCCCUCAAGACGACAACUACAAUGGGGGUAAGAAUGGGGUGAAAUGUGGUACUACUUUGAGCAGCAAUAAUGUAAGUGGCACCGCAAAGGUGGGGACCAGAAAUAUUCCCAAUUUUGUAAACACGCAAAAUAAUAAAGGUGUAAUGAAUUUGGAGCAUCUCCACAUGAACAGUCAUCAUAUGAAUCAUGGCAUUCAUGAACAGCACCCCUCGAUGUUCUAUGACAAACAGGGAAACAAUAAAUUCCCGAUGCAGAAUUAUCCCAUGCCAAAUGGCCAACUCAAUUUAAACAACGGAAUUGGUCCUUACAAAAAUGAAAUGAUGUAUGGUAAACAGUUUAUGUUUCCUCCCCCUCCUUCCAUGUAUGGUAAAGGAUUUUACAAUCCAGCCGAUUUCAUGAAUUACCAAAAUAUGAUGAUGCUACAUAGGGGUGAUCGCAACAUGGGCUAUCCUUAUGACCAAUCGCUUAACGCUAAAAAUGCAAAAGUUGUCUCCAAAAAGGGGAGUGAAACAAAGUUAAAAAAAAAUAUCGAAAACGAUGAUCAUUUCAAAUCGCAAAUGGAAAAAGGGACGACACCCUCGAAAUCCAGUAGAACGAACAAGCACGACUCCAACUUCUUUAACCCCUUUUUGAAUAAAAAAUAUGAUGGGGUUGGUAGGCUGCCCUACAUUCAAAACAAACCCGUGCCUAACGGAUUACACAUCUCCAUUUAUAUUCCAAAAAAUUAUGACUUUAGCGAAAAAACCAGCACGGACGAUGAGAAACCCGGAGAUACAGAAAAGGGCAACGGUUGGGAUAAGGCAUUUGUGAAGCGAAACAGCAUUGUGAAUGGAAGCGCUGGUAAGGAAGAACAGCUGCUUAAGGAGGAAGAGGACCUCCACGAGAAGGAAGCGCUAGCCAAAUUGCUUACCGAAAUCACUUUUGGCGAUCGAAGGAACAUACUGAACCCUAAAAUGUCCGUGCAAGAUAAGGAAAAAUGUUACAACAGCAUUUUGGACGAAUUGAAGAAUUAUGCCUCCUUGCCAAUUAUCCUGGGCAAUAUUUUGCCCUACUGGGAAAAGCAAAAAAAUAAAAAUUUACUUUAUAAGGUAAAAAAUUUGAAACUGAACAAUGCCAAGUCCAAGUACAUUCACAUUAAAAAUGUCAAUAAGAAGAUAGCAUGCAGGAAAAUUAGGAAGAAGAAAAAAAGCCUAUCAUUACGUAAUGACCCUAAUGGGAAAUUUAUAAAGAAGAAGAAGAAAAAAAAAAAAAAAAAAAAAAUUACAGAUGGUGCCUCCCUAACGAUCAAGCUUGAGGACAAGGCAAAUGAUGUAGACAAAAUAGAAGAUGAAUUUGUGAACAAAUGUUUGGACAAUUUAGAAAAGGCAAAAUACAAUUUUGGUAACAAUACCAACAGCUUAGAACUGACUGACGCCGAGUUAAAGAAGGCGCACAACGAAAAUAAGGAUGACGAAUCUGCAAAUAAUGUGGAUAGUAGCGAAGCGAAGGAGGAGUCCAGUAAAUCGGUACAGGUGCAGAUAGAGCAUUCGGGCAGCGACGUCAGGGAGGAGGAUGAGGAGGACGACGACGACGUAGAGGAGCUUCCUCUCAGUGAGGAGGCUGAGGAAGAGAACACUGAUGGCGCAUCACAGUGGAACCCUCCUUCAGUACGAAGAAUUGCAGAAGUAGAAGAUUUAACGGAUGAGAGAAAACAUACAUAUAUACAAAGCGAAGACAUGGGAGUGGCAGAAAUUAUCCUCUUAAGCGACACCAAUGAGGAUAAGCCUAGCCAUGCGGCUAAUAGCCAAAUGGAAGAGUCGUUAAUAAUUUGUCCUCCUAGCAAUAUGAGCGAGAGCAAGGAAUCGCAGGAUCCUUUGCCCAUGGAGGAAGGAGCCUCAGCCUCUUGUGCAGUGAUCAAUCAAAUAGACCUAGAAGCUACUAACCAGGAAGAUCUUCCACCCAGUAACACAUGCCAGGGUCAAGAUAGCAACUCGAAAGAAACGCAAAAGAAAAACCAACAAAGUGUUUACCAUGAAAGUCAGAGAAAAUCAUUCUAUAAGAAAAAACUACAAUUGAAGAAGCAAAAUAGAUAUCACAAAUUUCAAUUUCUAAGGAAAUUCAAAUUCUCCAUCCCGAAUAAUGCCACGGUGCCUUUUAAUAGUUCCAUUUUUUCGCUGCAAAGAAAUCAAUACAAAUCGAGCACAUAUUUCGAGUUCAUAUUAACAAAUUUAAACCUGGACAAAUAUCGAAAGAACAUUUUGAAUGUGAAUUAUAACAACAGCAAUUCUGUCACGAAUAAGGCGCGUGCUUAUUGUAUAAAUUUUAACAAAUUAAAAAAUCGAAAGAAGAAACUAGUGAAGAGGAAUACCUCAGGGGUGGACGAAAUGAAGCCGAGCACCUCUUCCCCCGCCUCUGGAUUGAAGCAGAAUUGUAACAAUGACCAGGACAAAGAGGCACGCUGUGUGUCCAGUGAUAACAACUCUCCACUUGGUGAGAUACACAAUGGAGCUACUUCGGAAUUCGCCAUGAGGGCAAGCAGCAAUGACGCAGGAAUUCUCUUACCGGGGGAGAGCAGUGGAUGUGCAGUCGUGGACUACACCAAUGAGAAGAACUUAAAAAAUGAGAAUGACGAGAAGAAUGCGAAAAACAUGAAAAACAUUAAUAAGGAAAUAUGCGUGCUCUUUUCCCGAUAUGUGCACAACAUAAAGGAACAGAGGAAAAUUCUGACCAAACUGCUAGAUAGCAUAAAGAACGAAAAGAAGAAGCCUUACAAGUACUGGUACUCCAUCGAGGACAAAAUGAUCAACUUUUACAUCAAUGAGUAUUUAAAAAAUAAAUUAAACACAAAACAUACCUAUACCUUGUCCAAGCAGAUUGUAGAUUUGCUAAAGUUAAGAAUAUUAAUUAACAACAGCUCACAGUUACCAAAUAACUGGACUGAAAAGGCCCUAUGUAAUAUUUGCAGUUUAGGAGAGGAUUGGGAAGAUAACCCCAUAGUUUUCUGUGACUGCUGUUACACACCCAUGCACUCAUUUUGCACCGGCUCCAGGAAUAUUAAAAAUUAUAACAUUCCUAGGAGAAGCUCACAGAAUUCGGACAAAAACGAAUCAGAGGGGGUAAGCGGUAAGCAGUACCAAAACCCCGUUUGGGCUGCCAACAGUGCAAGUAAGAGAAACGAUCACAAGAAGGUGAAACUGAACAUAAUGAAGUCGCUUCUGUCCGAUUGUUACAUAAAUUUUAAUUCUUCCGUUAGUAUUUUUACUGUCUCCACAUGUGACCAGGUCGGGGCGGAUAAUGAAAAUGGGGAAGCGCAAGGUGAGGGUGACAAGAUGAAAACACCGUGCAGCGAUCAGUACGAGAACGGAGUCAAAGUGGAGGCUGCAGGACAGUUAUUUAGCGAACAAAUGAAUAAGUGCGACACCCACAACGGGGAAGCGAAUAAUAAUUCGAAUCCAACGUCCGGAGGGGAAGAAGGUAACAUUAAUGUGAAGAUGGAAAACAUGAAUUCGCUAAAAAAUGAAGAGCAGGAUCAGGCAACCAUUUUGAACGAUCCCCUAGAAAGUACCAUCAAAAAUGAGUUUCAAAAUAUGCAGAGCAAUAUUUUGCAGAGGGGAGACAUAACCACCGUCACCCCAUCCUACAUGAUGAACGGUAUGAAUGUGACAACCACAAGUGGAAGGGGAGAAAAUAGUGCCAACCAAGAGGGUGCAAAGAAUACGGACGACGAACAAUGGAUCUGCCCAUUAUGCUCCUACCUAAGGAAUCAAAUUUUGUUCAUCGAAGAUUCCACCGCUUUUAAAAUUAUCAGAAAUUUAAGUGGUCCCAGGAAAAAAAAAGAAAUUGAAUAUUUAUCCAGAUCUUGUGAUGAAUUUGGUAACUCCUCCUUAGAUAUAAAAAAAGAAUUAAAGGAAUAUAUCCCCCCGGAGGAAAUCAUCAUAAAUAAGAACCACCCCAUCAGUGAGAUUUAUAAACAUAAAUCAAUUUUCCUCCUGUUUGAUAUCGACAAGGAUGUUUCCCAUUAUAAGGAUAAGUACAACGUGGAGAUUAAGGACUCGCAUGCCUUUUUCGAGAAUGUCGUUUUGAAGAAUACCCAUUUGUAUAAAUACAAAAUAUUUUUCAAUUGCAUUGUUGUGAAUAAAGUAAUUGUCCAGGGUGGAGCGAAAGAAGAAGGUAACCCUAAUAUUGGUAACAAUCGUGGUCACCUCAUUGGCUAUGAUCAGGUGAUGCGCACCUCCCAGGUGAACGCAAUAAACCCAGAACAUCUGAAAAUGUUCCGACAGGAACCUUUCCUUGUAAACGAAAAUUUGGAAGAAAGUGAUGAAGAUGAUUCAAAGGAGAAUGAAAAAGAAAAGCAAAAGGAGGAAAAGGGAGAUAGGAGAAGGAGGGAUAGAAAUUCUAGCCAUAGUAAAUUAUCCAAGAGAGAAGUAAAGAGGAGAAAUAGAUUAAGAGCCAAAAGAGGGAAUGUCCAAAACAACACUAUCACCACAAAUGAUGGUAAUGCACCUGUUGUUGUGAGAAAAAGAGGAAGACCCCUGGGAAGCACAAAAUUGAACAAAAUUAAGAUGCUUAGUAUGAAUAAGAACAACACUAAAACUGAGGACAACAAUUUGGAACCCACGUGUAACAGUUUGAGCCUUAAUAAUGGUCUCCUUAGCAUCCCCACCUAUAACCAGAAUGUGCACCCCGUUAAUCCUAGUAGCCAGGUUAAGAGCGAAAUGGACUGUGACGCAAACAAGUAUGCUUAUCAGAAUAGCAGCGAAGGAAUGAUGAUCCAGCCGGAGUUCCGUCCCCCAGAGGAUUGCAAGGACGUAGAUAUAAAAAUGAGUCUUAAGGAUAAAACACUUAUUGCACAAAGAUAUUUUAGCGAAACGAAUUCCGAUUUGUCCAACUUUAUCAACCGCAAUUUCCCUUUUUAUGAAAACGACACGGAUGAGAAUAACCUGUUUUUGAAGUAUAACUACAGUAAGAAUUUCUCCUUCAUUUUUAAAAUACCCACCUGCUGUAUUUGCGAAUUUGAUUCUUUCUACUUGGGAGGAGGUCCCAUCAAGAGGACUAAGAAUAAAAAUCAGUGGUGUCACAUCCGUUGUGCAUUAAUAAGCAACUGUGUAAUUAAUGACAAAAUUGAAAUUAGCAGUAGGGAUAAGACCAGGUAUAAAUGCUCCCUAUGCUUGAGGACAAACAACACAGGAAUAAUUAAGUGUAACAUUCCAGACUGUUCUAAGUACUACCACAUAUCUUGUGCCACAUCAUCCAAUAAGUAUCUCAUCGAAUUGAACGAAUCGAAUAAGCUAGUUCUGUUUUGCUCUAACCAUUCGCAGAGAAAAGCACCGACAGAAAUUUUAAGGAAAUAUCAAAUCCUUCGCGAAAAAGAAUUUAAUAAAAAUAAAUUGGAAGACAAAGUAAAUAUGUCCAAAGUUUUUGAUGCAUACAUUUUGCAGUCCUACCUCAAAAUUAGUGACAUGAAAUUAUUCAACUUGCUAUCCUUAUCAUCUCUUUCCAUUUUCGAAAAAUUUGUUUACUUUAACUAUGAUAAGUACAGCCAAAAUUUACAGACCAAUAUAGGCGUUAUGGAAGAUUUUAAUGAUUUGUACCAGGCGUUUGAUCAGCACUUGUCCAAGGAGCGCAACGAUGUGGUGAGUGGCGUGCUGGACUCAAACAGGGUGAAAAGGCGCAUCCCCGUCCCCGAGGUGGAAGCCACCGGGGUGGAUAAUGAACCGACCAGUACAUCGCUCGCAAUUGCUAACGGGCCCGAUGCGGAUGAGGAACAGGGGAAAAUGUUCCUCGAACUGGAGGAGAAGAACCGAACGAAGGAGACGACCGUCGAUAUAUUCGACCUAGAAACGAUAAACAAAAUUAGCACCACCAAAUGCAACAACAUUAUAAGCAUAAGCAGCUUCAAAAAUAUAUACAACGAAAACAUGCUGGAUGAAGAUUCCCUCCUCAAAUUGCUGACUCAUGAUUUCUUAUACAUGCAUAAGGAUUUACAAGAAUUGAACAGCAUCAUACUAAGCGAUAAGUAUAAAAAAUUAAAGAAUUUUGAAAAUAUUUUAUUACUGUAUCCUCAUUUUAACGAUUUCCAGUUGAGGAGGCUGUCGGAACUUAUCCUAGAGAAGUAUUACAUCAACAGUUCCAAUUAUGAGAAUGACGACGCCUUUUUUUCCUUUUUCCUUCAAUUCCUCUCCUUGAUGAAUAAUAAAAAUUUAAUGUUGUGCAGUGUGUGCUUAUCCAAGUCGAGUUACUCACAGAAGGGAAGGGAUGAGAAGAAAUCCGGAACCAGGGGAGACACAUGCGCGCUGGAAGGAGGAAAUAGUAACAUUACGGAGAAGGGCGAUUCUGUUAGAGGCACAAUUGGAGGAAAUAACACUCCCGAAAAUAGCAACUACAACACCUGCGGAUCUAAUUUGAGAGAACAUCUGGAGAAUAAAAAGGAACGUAGAUUAGGCUCCCUUAGUGUAUUGAAAAAAUGCUCCCUGUGCAAUGUGUUCAUUUGCUACUUCUGUUGCCACAGAAUGAAUAUCGACAUUAUUAAGAAUUAUCUCAACGAGGGGGUGAAAUGUAAGCAACCCACCCACUCUGUUGUGAGAGGGACGGAACGCGUUAGAAACACAACUCGCUCCAACAAAGUGGGAAGACCAAGCAAAAACAAGCAAAAAGCGAUAAUAGAUUCCACCAUAAAUUAUAGCGCAAACAACGUAGCGCCAGCAGAUGAAAAUGGUGAAAAUAAAAUUGGAGAAUCGGUUAUUGCCAAUGACACGCAUAAAUUGGCUGUUGACCCAGCGGAGGGGGCCCAAUCCGGGGAAAAACAAAAUGGAAGCAGAAAUGCUGCUGACGAUGUAGAUGUUGAUGCGGAAGCAUUUGGUGCGGAUGCGCAGGCAGUUUGUCCCAUGGAAGGUGGUGCGACGAGUGCCAACGUGGAAGAGGCUGCACAAAAUGGAGACGAACCCCAGGACAGGAGAAAAUCUAAUGAUGGCAAAAUUACGGACCAACGCGUAUCGUCAAAGUUUGAGCAGGGAAAACAACAACACCCGCACGAUGUGGCCAAAAGGAACGACAACGAUGACGAGUUUGUAUGUCCGAGGUGCCAAUAUUUUCAAGUAAAAAGAAAAAUAGGCUUCUGUAUGUAUUGCCCUAGAUUAGAUGGAUUCCUAAACUGCUUUGAAGAUAAGGCCAAAAAGGAACUACAAUUUGUCCAUCCCAAAUGCUUAGAAUAUGUUAAUACAGCCUAUUGCAAAAAGAACAUGAACGAAACGAAACCUGGAGCAAUUAAAAAGGUUUGUAGUUACUGCAGAAUUAAGCAUGGAAUAGUUAUCACAUGUAGCAACACAGAUUGUGAUAUGUCAUUUCAUAUUUCUUGUGGAAUUUUGUUAGGAUGCAAAAUGGACAAUUUUUUUGGUCGCGUGGAUAUUUACAAUCCUAAGAAAGCCUAUUGUUUUAAACACACCUUCCAGUCAUGUAAAAAAAGCACACUAACAAAUUUUAUUAACACAAAUAAGCUGUUCUUUUUUGAGAAUUUUCUCGACUACCCCUUUAAUCAUUUGUACAAUUUCAUAAUGGGCACUUACAUUUUUAAGCAAUUAAAUAAAAACUGCGUUAACCAUUUGAUGAAGCCAAUCAAGAUAGAGGAAAAUCCGUGCAUCAAUACCAUUUUCGAAAGGACACAACUGAACGUUUUGAGGAAAGCUACUCAUCUCUUGUCGAAUGAUAUUAAAAGAAGUCACAAGAAAAAAAUAGGUCUACCGCACGACCUCCAUGAGGAGCAUAUGGCGGCGGGUAUCAUGCACAAUGAGGACAACACAGGUCGUACUCAUGAUAACAACGGCGAAAAUUUUUUUCAAAAAGAUUUGAAGUUCCUAAUUGAACAUCACUCUAAAACAUCAUCUCACACACAGAGGAACAUGCAGGGAGAGGAUGCACGUCAUGGAGCCAACCACUUUUCUGAGCUCCUCAUGGGAAGAAAAGGUGCAACAGAUAAUGCUAACUUACCACAAGAUAAACGUAACGCACUGCAGAUGGAAAUAGAUGCUGGAAAGAAUCAUUUUGCUACUUCAACUAACAAUGCAAGAUUCAAAAAUGAUUCCUCAUUUGUUGACGACAAUGUAACAGAAAGCGCAGUCUCUCUCUUGUCAGAAAAUGAAACAGAAGAACUUCGUUCAUUUCAAAAUGUUUCAUUUUUUAACUCCAGGGCAUAUCCCCAAAUUAACAACAUAAUGAACAAUAGCUAUAAUAAUCAAUCGAGAAAGUUUCCUCCAAACCAAAACAUGAUGAUGAUGCCCUAUUACAAUGGUCAUGGCAAUAUGAUCCCUAAUAAUACCUAUCCCUUUUACGAUGCCAAAUGUGAGGACAUGAAAAACGCUGGACAAGUGGGCAAUUUUGCAAAUGCGAAAAACAAUCCACAAAUGAUGUUUUCGGGAAAAAGUAAUAAGUAUAAUCAAUUAGAACGAAAGAGAAAGAAAUAUCUCCUACACCCGAAUGACAAAAUGGCAAAGAAAAAUCUUCUGAAUAAUGAUGCCAAUCUGUAUAGUGUCAACCUAGACAUGAAUAGCAAAGGGGAUGGAAGAAAAAGAAGGAAAUAUCGAAAAAAUAAAAACGGAAAUAAUGAGGAUAAUUUUGAAAAUCUCAAUUUUAGUACCAACAUGUUUAAUACGCCCAGUGACCUAAUGAAGUCAACACAGAUAGGUAGCAGCCAUGUGCACCAGAACCCAAGUGCUGCUGCUCAAUUUGAUGUCAAUAUGAACAGCACGGCAUACCAUCUGAACGAGCUUAUCGUCAAUAAGGACAAAUAUUCUACGCAAAAGACAAAAGGUACCAAAAAGGAACUCCUGAAAAUGAACCAAAAUCAAUUGAAGGAGGAAAAACUACAGAUGAUACAAAAUGACGGACUCAUAAAGGAGGAACAAAUUUAUUGUCCAGUAUGCAAAUGCAUCUAUGAAGAACUCAGUGACGGUUCCCCAGCGGAUGGACUAAAUUGGAUUGGAUGUGACAAAUGUGAAAAAUGGUAUCACUGGAUCUGCUGCAAGUAUUCCAUUGACAAUCCCCCCGAUAUGGAAAAUGACUGGUACUGCAGUAGCUGUCUCAACAGCUGA